AUGACAGUACGAAUUGACUUUGAUCAAACAGGGGUGCGAUUCAAAAAUGUUGUCAUAACAUCUCGAGCUUCAAAACUCGUUCUUACUUCAAAAUUUGAUCUCCAAGCGAACAGGUUAACGGUCGUACAGGAUCGUCAGCGGCCAAGAGAUCAAAGCCAGCUGUGGAAUAUUUUCUACGACGACGAAAAGAGGAGCAUCAGAAUUAUGUCCGUCGCGAAUCCUGGGCUUGGACUGGAUAACCAUGAUGGCAAAAUGAUUCUUAUUCCUUAUGAACAUUGCCUUGGCCAAAGGUGGAUCUACGUCGGAGGAUUUUUGUAUAAUCAGACGAAAGUUCUCGCUGCUCCUGGAAACUCAAACAGGCCUGGCAUUCAACUUGAAGCAAUUGAUCCAAAUGGGCAACAUGAUCAUCGAUGGGAUUUUGUUCAAUGCGACUAG